GCAUUGCAUUUGAAAAGCACGUGUUUAUCGUUUUGGUUCACAUAGUAAAGAAAUAAUUUACGAAAUGGGUGUAAUACAGAGAGUAAAGAAACCCACGACAAGAAAGGGUAAAAAAGUCUUGCAAUCGAAGGAGCCUAAGCCCAUUGAAGGGCCCAAACAAGCCUUGUUUCUUCAGGGUCGCAAUCCUUCUGAGCGCACACGUAAACUUUUAAAGGAUAUUUAUGAUUUGAAGAAGCCAGAUGCGGCUUAUCUUAGCCGAAAAAAUGAUUUCGUGCCGUUUGAAGAUGCGACACUCAUUGAGAAAUUAUGCUACAAGAAAGAAGCUGCAUUAUUUGGGGUGGGUUCCCACUCCAAGAAGAGGCCCCACAACAUAGUACUAGGCCGUACAUUUGACUAUGGUAUUUUGGAUAUGAUAGAGCUGGGCGCAGACAAUUACAAAGCAAUGUCAGAGUUUCACAACAUGAAGGUUCUAGCUGGUAUUAAACCUUGUUUGGUAUUUAAUGGACCGGCUUGGGAUCUGAACCAGGAUUUGAAGAGAUUGAAAUCAUUAUUCACUGAUUUCUUUUGCAGAGAAAAGGUAGAAUCAAUAAGACUGCAAGGAUUGGAGCAUGUUAUUAGUUUCACUGCCACAGAUGAUGGUAACAUAUACUUCAGAUCAUACAGAGUACAGCUCAAAAAAAGUGGACAGAGGACACCAAGAAUCGAGCUUGAAGAAAUAGGACCUUCAAUAGAUUUCAAACUCAGGAGAACCAGAUUAGCAGCAGAUGAUCUUUUCAAGGAAGCAUGCAAGGUACCGAGAGAACUCAAACCCAUCACAAAGAAGAACAUUUCCCGAGAUGCUUUUGGUUCCAAGUUGGGUCGCGUGCACAUGGGCAAGCAAGACAUACAGAAACUCCAGACUCGCAAGAUGAAGGGUUUGAAGAAAACGCCGGAAGAAAAGAAACAGAUGUUGAUGAAACGGAAGCAAGAAAGGAAAGCUGCCAGACAAGCUCAGAAUGUGUCUGCAGAAUAAAUAUACUGUUAUUGUCUAUA